AUGACAUGGUUGUUGGAGAAGAAAAACGCGGAAAAUUCUCGGAAUUUUAACACCAACAUCGCGUCAGAUUGCAUCGGUAAAUGGGUGAAAAACUGCUCUGAUCGUCUGUUGAGAGAUUCUGAAUUGUCGGUGUUAGUGAAAGGGCUUAAUUUCUCCGUAGCGCCUACAGAGGUUCCCGCUGUUGACAUCAUCACUAGUACGGAAACCGCAUGCCGUAAGUUGAACGAACGCAGUGCUACUGAGUUGAGAUCUAAAGUCGUUGGAUUACUGAGCCGACCGAGAAAACUCGAGCCCAAUCUCAACAAAGAAGAAACUGAGGCUUUGAACGAUUUGAAGAAAGACAAGAACAUCAGAGUUUUACCAGCAGACAAAGGUAGGACUGUGGUUAUUCUGAACACUUGUGAUUAUAAUAGCAAAUGUGAAUAUCUUUUGGAUGAUACCAACACUUACAAGAAACUUGGUUCGAAGGAUCCUACAAGCAAGUAUAAGAAGGAACUUGUUAGUGCUCUACAAGAAAUAGAGAGAGACGGUGGUAUCAACAGAGACGAAUAUCGCAGGUUAUACCCAACUACAGAUACCCCUCCUAAGUUUUAUGGUCUCCCUAAAAUCCAUAAACCGAACAUUCCACUUCGACCGAUUGUAAGUAGUAUUGGAUCAAUUACUUAUAACUGUGCCAAGCAUCUUGCCUACAUUCUGUCACCUUUAGUUGGUCAGACUUGUCACCAUGUAACUGGUUCUCAAUCUUUUGCUGAAUGUAUUAAGAAUGCGCGUGUUGAGGAAGACGAGGAACUGAGAUCAUAUGACGUGACAGCUCUUUUCACUUCAGUUCCUAUUGACAAGGCCCUGAAGAUUAUCCAAUCCAAACUUCAGAGCGUGAACACUUGGAAAGAUAGGACUCGCUUAUCAGUGGACCACAUUGUGAAACUGUUGGAUGUUUGCCUGCGAUGUACUUAUUUUGUUCACAAUGGCAUAUAA